UGAGUCUUCAAAAGGACCCAACAUUGUUAAACGCGCGCAUGCGCGCAUCAGGACAUCCUUCAUAUGGUGGAGGAAGAAGAAAAUCAAUCCUCGAGGGUUGAAGAAGAGGAAGAAGAAGCAGAGUCGAAAUUAGAAGGAUACAAAGUAUGGCAUUAGGUGAGGCAGACGUUAACCAAUGACAACCCCAAACUUAACCAGUCAUAUAAUCCUACCUAGGAAAGCAAUGAAGCUUGAGUCGAAGGGAAUGAAGAGGAAGAAAAUAACUCCAGUGCAGGCACAAGAACUUGAAGAACUACUUCGUCAUAUUUAUGUCAUUCGUUGUCCAAAGCCAAGCGAUUAUUAUCUUCGAAGUGAUUUGAUUCGUGUCUUUAAUGCGAUGGCAAAGGAAAUUUAUGGAAAUCAUGAUUUUCCUAUCAUAGAGGAAUUUGGCUCUUUCUUAAUGGAUAUGUUCAGUGCUAAAAGUGACCUAGAUUUGUCCAUUAAUUUUAGCAAAAAUAUAGCUGAAUUCCCUCGAGAAAAGAAGAUUCAAGUUCUUCGAAAAUUUGCAAAAAAGUUAUACAAUCUUCAAGCAAGAGGGCAUGUUUCCAGGGUUCAGCCGAUCAUGAGUGCUAAAGUGCCUAUUGUGAAAGUUACUGAUCGUGGAACUGGAAUCGAAUGUGAUAUAUCAGUGGAGAACAGGGAUGGCAUUGUAAAAUCCCAGGUUAUCCGCUUCAUUUCGACAAUUGAUGAAAGAUUUCAGAAGCUAAGUUUUCUGAUGAAAGAUUGGGCAAAAGCUCAUAAAAUUAACAGUUCAAAAGAUAGAACGCUGAACUCUCUAUCCAUAAUAUCCUUGGUUGCAUUUCAUUUACAGACUAGAGAUCCUCCCAUAUUACCACCAUUUUCUGCCAUAUUUAAAGAUGGGACUGAACCUGCAUCUGUCAUGAAGAUGGUUCAAAAGUUUUUGAACUAUGGACAGAAGAACACAGAAACUUUGGCUGAGCUUUUGGUUAGUUUGCUAAACAAGUUGGCAUCGGCUGAAACACUUUGGCCAAAAGGUCUAUGUGUCAGCACAUAUGAAGGAUCAUGGAUAUAUAAAACAUGGAAUUCUCGUGUUGGAUGUAUAAGCAUUGAAGAUUUCACAGAUCGAUCUCAAAAUGUUGCGAGGGCCGUAGGAACUGCUGGAGUAAGGCAGAUCUAUAAGUGCAUCCACGGCUCUCUUAGUCACCUUAUGGCCUACAGAGAUGGCCAAAUCCAAGGACCCAAAUUAAGGAAAUGCUUAUUUGGUCUGGACACUGUACCUUCUCUUGAGAGCAAAGAUAUUAAACGUUCUGCUAACCAAUCAUCAGAUCAGCCUACUCCUGAUUCUGUCCCGACCAAGAAAAUGCGGCUUACAGAAGGUUGGGGUGGAGAAAAACAGGCAUCUGCUAAAACACCAAACAAUUUAACUCCAUCGGGUUGGGGUGGAGAACAGCAAGCAUAUGCAACACCAAGCAAUUUAACUCCGGCAAGUUGGGGUGGAGAGCAGCAGGCAUAUGCUAAAACACCGAGCAAUUUAACUCCGGCAGGUUGGGGUGGAGAACAGCAGGUGUAUUAUAGAAGACCAAACCACUCAACUAUAGAAGGUUGGGGUGGAGAACAGCAUCUGUAUAAUAAAACACCAAGCAAUGUCACUCUGUUUCCUUCUAUCUUAAUAGGCGAUGGAGUUUCUUAUGCACCUCCAAAAAUUCCUCCUGUUCCUACCUGGAACCAAACUGGUUUUGAAGGGUCAUUUGGAUCUCUGCUACAGCCACCUUCUGUUCCUCCCCAGAACCCCCUAGGUUUUCAAAGAUCUAAUAGUCUAAACCCAGAAAUUCCAAUGCCUUAUUUAGGACCAAUGGAUGUGCAACAUGCAUGGCAUAGUUUCAACCAGGACCCAGGCCGUGCACAGCUUAGGUUCAACUGAAACCCAGGACAUAGGCAACCUUCCCAUCUCUACCGAAUUGGCUAGGUCCUUUGCCUCGAUCCUCUUAGCCUCUCAUGGAUAAAAUUUUGUUAGAUGAGCACAUGAGCUAGUCUUCAAAUCCUUUCAUGAGCUCUUGUUCAAUUGACACUGAUUAGGAGUCAUUCGCUCAAAAGAUCGUGCUCAAGAUUCAAGUGCAAGAAUGGAUGUAAUUGCCCUUCCGUACUCCUUUUGUAUAGGAAUAUUCAUUUUUUGUAAUUAUGGAGAGGCCCAACGUGAAUCUGAAUCAGAUGGUAGCAUUAAAAUGUACUUUUAUUUUUUAUUUUUAAUUUUUUUCAUUUUCUGCUUGUUCAACUAGUAUAAGCAAAUAAAAUAUUAUCGUUUUGCUACCAUUUGUGUCAUGAGAUGCUUGUCUGUAAGUAAUGAUAUUCUGUUGUAGUUCUUCCCAGAAUUCUUAAAUGAAUUGAUUCUGAAGGAUAUCUGUUGCUGAAAA